GUGUCUUAUCGAAUACGUUUGGUGGAAGGGAAGAACCUCCCAAGUGCGCCACGGGCAGCGAAACACCAACCCGAAGACCUCUCAUUACUUCAAAGUCCCGCUUACAACGCGUCUUCUUUUUCUUUUUCAUUUCCUAUUAUUAUUAUUAUUAUUAUUUGGAGCUUGCGAGUGGAGUGACCUAGCCGGAGCAGCGUUCAUCCUAUCUCUCUUUUGCUCUUUGUAUCUUCCCUUCUUCCUCAACUGCUAAAUUCUAGCAGUUCAUCAUUUUUUUCCUAUUUUCUCCCACCUGCCCGACCCUGAGCUCCUCCGCCCACCCAGCGGGGAAGCGUGCGGCGGGCUACCCACUUCGUAGAGUCUGUUGAAGAGCUUGUUUCUUGUAUUGGAAUUUGGAUGUAUCUAUUGAUAAUAACAGUGCUUUCUAUCAAUUGAGAAAGACAAAUUUAUGUUGAUGGUAAGGCAUCGGUCUGUGCCCUUUCUGGUAGGAGAUAAUUUGUAGGGUGUACGUUACUUUCCUUUCUCUUAAGCACACACACACACACACACACAUGCGUACAAGAGUGCAGCAGCGCUACUACGACGUCCUCCGACGUGAGGACCGCAGAAAGCCGCAGGGGGGAUCGGUGGCGGGGUCCAGCGGCGGCUCCGUUCUCCUCUCCGUAUCCUACCCAGCCCACACCGUCACUCACAAGCGGGGAGGCGCACAGCGCGCAGAGACCGUUCGAACUGCGUGCGUGUCUUCUUCCCCCUCUGCUCCAUCAGCUCUAUGGGAUCCCAUUGAGCAGAUGCAACUGGACGCGACCACCGUGGUGGCCCUGCGUGAACUCGCGUGCGACCACCGUCACUUGACCGCGCUACACCCGCACUUUACCAGAUUUGAGCAGCUCGACUCCCUCGUGUUAAGCCACAACGCCCUGCGGACCUUGCACAACUUGCUUCCCCCGCCCCACCUAUCCGACUCCUCGGCAGCUUCCCUUUCCUCGUUGAACACGGCCGCAUCACCGGCGCCGGCGGCGCCACUCUACAGGGGCUGUCAUCGCCUCACGCGUCUCCAUGUUAGUCACAACAAGCUGCGCGACCUCGCACACGAUACAGAUAUCCCACGGCUGCGGCUGCUAGAGCACCUGACCCUGGCACACAACCAGCUGACGGACUUGGAUUGCGUCCUGCAGCCGCUGCGCCGUCUACAUCACUUGCGCUACGUGGAUCUGCGCGGCAACCCCAUCGUCGAUGAACCGGCGUACCGUCCGCGGUGCAUCGCCGCUCUUCCGCAGGUGGAGGUGCUCGAUGGGCUGACGGUGACCGCAGAAGAACGCCGCGACGCCGCAGCGGUGACGGCGACGGACGACUUCCUGCAAAGCCGUCUGCAGUGCACCUUCACGGCGGCUUCCCGGGGCAGCGACGACUCCCUCUCCCUCCCGGCUGACACCAAACGUGGGCCGAAGCAAACGGCGAGUCGCUUUGCGAAGUCUGCGAUUGCGAAGGAUUUCGACGCCCGGUACGCGGCACAGUUGCGGCAGCAGGCGCGUGAGAAGGCGGCCGCUGUCGAGGCCCGCGCCGCGGCCGAGCGCCAGCGAGAGGAAACGCGGGAGGCCUUUCACGCCGUCUGGACCCUCUCCCAGCCUGGGAUGCCGCUCUCCAUGGAAAAGUGGCGGACGACGAUGGCAGCCGAGGGCGCCGGGGGGCAGUCGAACUCGACGCUGAACAGCGGUGGGGACAACUCGGCGGCGGCGGCGGUCGGCAACGCGGCGUCUCGGCCAGGACGCAAGUCACCAUCACAGCAGCAGCAACAGCCGUCUUCUACGCCUGGUGGCCCUGUGGCGCGUCCCCGCACGCCCUUCUCGUCGCGGUCCGCCCAACUGCCCCCCGGGACUGCUGCGGAGGAGGAGGCGAGUGGGACGGCCAGUGUUGCGGUGAAGAAAGUCGAGGUACCGCGGGAUCGCCUGUUGCCCCUCAUCGCUGCAUCGCAGCAACACAUGGAAGGAAACGAUGCGCAGCACGAGAGCCCGUACUUCGGUCUCCUGCGUGGGACGGGGAAAGCCGAUGCGACAGCCUUCUCCACGACGCUGUCCAAUGCCGCUCUCGAGCCGUCACCUGUUCGAUUAGCCGCCAUUCAGCAGGCUCUGCAGGCCUCGACGAGGAUCAUUCGUACCAUGAAUUCCAAGGAUGGCAGUGAAGCGGCAGAUGCCACCCAUCCCCCUGCACUACCUCCAGCAUCUGCCGCUGGCGCGGUCGAGGUGCGCAGGUCUGACAAAGGGAGCCUGCCGCCGGGCUGUGCAGCGACCUUUCCUGUCGAUGUCGACGUGCUGCGCGUGAUUCAGCGCCACAAGCACGCCCUCAUCCCACCCCCGUGGGAGCAGACAGCAGAGGAGGAAGAGGAGGAAUCUUCCACUAGAACACACAAGCGCGGCGACAAGGUUACCCUCGCGAGCAGCCUCGGACGUGUCCAGCAAACCACCGUCGUGCAGGAAGCCCUGGUUGAGGUCUUAGUACUGCUGCACCAGCUCUUUUCCUCCGAGGAACUGCAGCUGUUGGAGCGGGAGUACGGCAGGGCGGAGCUGCUCCGUUUGCUGCCCCUGCAAGAGUGGUCCCCCGCGUGGGAGUCGGCAGCGGACGACACGACGUCGCCCAUCAACACCCUCUACGCGGCACGAGUAGAAAUGCUGUUGCUGUCACGUCCAGGGGGAGGGGCAGCCACGAGCGGUGGAGGCGGCGGCGGUAGUGGUGGUAGCAGCCGUCGAGCCACAGCAGAGGACCGCAAAAAGGCGGCGAAUGGAGCGGGCCGAGGCGGCGGGGCGCAAGGCAGCGCCUCCGUAGCGGCGGGCUCCCCGAACGCCUUCUCCAUGCGCAACUCCUUAACGGCAGGGGAGCUGGCGGCGACGGCCAUGUUAGCCGCGCGCGCCGCGCUGCCGACGGAGCCGCAGUACCUGUGGAACCUGUUCGUGCAUCCUCUCACUGCCGGAGCGGCGGGACGCAACGCACCGAGCCUCAGUCAGGGCAAGGCGAACGAGACAGCAGUGAGCACUCCGGGCAGCAACGUCGGUGGUGCGAGUGCGGGGGUUGCCACACCCGCGGCCACCGCCACCGCUACGGCCGGUACCUCGGCCGAUGAAAGCGCGCUGCACGACCCCGAGGUGCUGCGGCAGCUGGUGCGUCCAAUCGGCCCGUACGAAGGACGUGUGCUCGGCUCUCUCCUCAAGCUCCUCAAGCCUCCUCCCUCCAUCAACCCCGAGUCGCUCUGCGACGAUCUCCGCCGCUUCCACGCGGUCACGCAGCACGCCGCUGUUGUCACGGUGAACGCGCCUUCUCCGACUGCCGCGGCGGCGGCAACCGCGGCGACGGCGGUGGCACCGGAGGCGAGUCGUGGCAGUGUGACGGCGUCGAAGUCGAAAAAGGAGGCUGCGACCCCCUCCGCGGUGGAGGCGGAGGGCAGCGAAGGGAAAAGGCGCUUGGGAAAGGGUACCGCGGGCGGCAGCAACGCACAUCGUCCUGCCGGUGCGUCCGUCUACGCAGCCGCGCCGAGCAACGGGCACGAGCACGGCCGGUCGAUGCAGCAGACAGCGCCGCCCGUGGCGCAGCAGCUGUCCCUCCUUUCGAUUCUGACGGCCCUCCUCUUUCACCCGGCCUUUGUGCGCGGUCGGCUGCAGCACUGGGAGCAGGAGCUGGUGCGCCGGACAAUGGCAGCCGCCACCACAGCCGCCGACCCCACAGCGGCGACGACCGCCACGGCACAGAACAGUAAAGAGAUCGCGGUGGGAUCAACAGGUGCGGCGGGGGCAAAGACUGGCUCCCUUCCACCUGCGGGGGCCGUUGCGAGCGCCACCGCAGCGGCGGCAGCGGCGGCCACGACGACAACGGUGGAACCCCCCGUCACCGCGCUGUCGCGGCUUUUCCACCGCGUGCAGGAGCUGAAGUCGCACGUGGCGCGUGUCGAAGAGGCGGCCGCCGCAGAAGUUCGGCUGAAACUCAAAGGUUCUGCAGGGGCGGUAAAGCCCGUCUCCUUGGUGAACCCCUCGCUGGUGCUCCUUGCGUAUCAGCGAUAA